GAACGAUGCCGUUCACUUCACAUGCUGCGCGGCGGCUAGCCCCGAUUCGGUUAGUGACCGCGGGGUAGAUGUUCAGGUCCGCAGUUCAGGGUCCUCCAGCUGCCCAACCUUGGAGCAGAUCAUCUUGCACAACUAAGCCAAGAGACAAAGUCCAGAUCGCGCUCUAUCAGCUGUAGAUCCCAUGGCUUCGCUACCGCCUGUACGCGCCUGCAUCUUUGAUGUAGACGGCACGCUCAUCAACUCAGAAGAUAUCUACACAGACAUCUACAACAACAUACUCCGAGAAUAUGGCAAACCACACUACCCAUGGGCGGUCAAGGCGACACAGCAAAGCAGAGGUACAAAGGGUACCAAGCGCCUAUUAGACUGGGCGCAAGUACCCCUCACCCCAGCUGAAUGGUCCGCGAAAGAGAAAGAAGGCACACAUCUGUUCAAGAACAGUAAGGUGCUUCCGGGUGUGGAAAGUCUUCUCACGACCCUCAAAACGAAGACGUCACCGUCUGUGCUGCUUUCGCUGGCUAGUUCCGCUGGCCAUCACAAGUUUGCACUCAAGACGUCGCAUAUACCAGCUAUCAAUGCUGCGUUCGAUGACCCUGCCUUUCACGUCUUUGGUGAUGAUCCGGAGAUGUGUGAUAGCAAGAAGAAGCCAGAACCCGAUAUCUUUCUUCUCGCUUUGAAGAGAUUGAAUGCUGCCGAGACAGCACGUGGCGAGCGUGCUUUGGAACCUGCGGAGUGCUUGGUGUUUGAGGACUCGAUCGCAGGUGUGGAGGCAGCGAGAAGGGCGGGUAUGCGUGUUGUCUGGGUCCCACAUCCUGGGCUUGCGGAGGUCUGCAAAGGACGGGAGAUGGAUGUACUCAUGGGAAGGACGGAGGAAGAUGGUGUAGCGCCGGAUUAUGGGAUGCCCGUGGAAGGAGAUGCAAGGAGCCCUGUUGCUGCAGAAGACGGCCGCUUGAUGUCGCACGAUGGGUUGGCGGAGCUGAGAUCAAGCCUUGAUGACUUUCCGUAUGCAAAGUAUGGUAUCAAUCUCGUAAAGUGAGUGUGGGAUGAAUGCAUACGGCCCUGGGGGUCAGCGUUCGUACGCUAUGGGAGACAUUCAAUGUAAACUACACGGUACUACUUGUCACUUCCGACAAAGCUGUGGAGUCCAAGGUAUCUAUCUGCUCCUUCUCGAUGCUGUCGUUCAGACAUACUUUUCAACCGGGACUCGUGGCAUUAACAUCUGUACUACUGACGGCGCGUUCAACAUGAGUCACACGUUUGGGCAGAUGGGAACGGGUUCUGGGGGUCUGAGUUGAUGAGGC